CCUGGCACCACCUCACACCCCGCAAUAAAACACGAACUUCAUUAUUUCUGCUAUGAAAACAAGACCGGGACAGGCCGGAAACAUGAAUAACAUUAGUGGCAUCUGUUUUACAAAGGCUUUGUAAGAGAGCAGGAAUUUAACAGCGUAGAUUUUGGAUCCCUUUCAGCUUUUUGUUUUCCCUUACAAACUGAAUCGGGCUGGAUUCGGGUCGGGAAGGAGGUAAAAAAAAGAAGAGAAAAGGAAUUGAGAGCAGGGCGGAGCUGCUGCAACAUGCACAGGACCACCCGGAUAAAGAUCACGGAGCUGAACCCGCACCUGAUGUGCGCUUUGUGCGGGGGGUAUUUCAUCGACGCCGCCACCAUCGUUGAGUGCCUACACUCGUUCUGCAAGACCUGCAUCGUGCGUUACCUGGAGGCCAACAAGUAUUGCCCCAUGUGCGACGCCCAGGUGCAUAAAACCAGACCCCUCCUCAGCAUCAGAUCAGACAGAACGCUGCAGGACGUCGUGUACAAAUUGGUCCCGGGGCUGUUUACAGAUGAGAUGAAGCGUCGCCGCGAAUUCUAUGCCACGUACCCCGUGGCUGAGGUGCCCAACGGCUCCAACGAGGACCGCGGGGAGGUUCCGCAGCGAGACGGGACGCAGCCGACGGAGGACGGCAUCGUCAGUCUGUCCAUUGAGUUCUACGAGGGAGCCAGAGAGGAGAAGAAAGGGACCAUCGAGAACGGGGAUCUGGAGAAGGAGAAGAGGAACGCGGUGCGGUUCCUGCGCUGCCCCGCGGCCAUGACAGUGAUGCACCUGGCCAAGUUCCUGCGCAAUAAGAUGGAUGUGCCCAGCAAGUACCAGGUGGAGGUUCUCUAUGGAGAUGAACCCCUGAGGGAUUACUACACACUGAUGGACAUCGCCUAUAUUUACCCUUGGAGGAGGAACGGCCCCCUGCCUCUCAAAUACCGCGUCCAGCCGACCUGCAAACGCCUGAAGCUGCCGCAGCCGCCCACCUCGGAGUGCACCAACACCAGCGGCGCCUCCGAGUGUGAAUCUCUCAGCGACAAAGCUCACAGCCCCGCCACGCUGCCCCGCACUCCACCCUCCCUGCCCAGCCCCGGCACUCCGCCCCACGGCUCCCCCAGCCCCACAACCGCUUCUGCGCCCCAUGGCGCUUCGAACUGCCCCCCUUUGCCCCCCUCCCGUUGCCGCAAAGCUGCAGCUCACGGCCCCGCGGGGUCUGCGCUGACCUAACGGGUGGGUGGGGGGAGGCCGUGUUGGUUUUGUAUAGCUCUAUAUAUUAUAUAUAUGUGCAUCUAUAAAGAGAGACGUGUACAGAGGGAGAUGAAGAUUGUACAUACGUAUUUUACGGGUUUAGAGCGCAGGUGAGGUGCAUAGGGCGGCCUUUCAGCCCGGAGAUGUGUGUGUGGCUGCCUCUCACCCCACUCCCCAGGCUCUGGGGGUGCAUCAGUGGGUUCAUAGAUUGCUAUAGGAUUUCUUUCUUCAACUGAUGCUCUU